AUGUUACCACGCUCACCUGCCGCUCACCUGUCACUCACCUGCCGCUGCCUGUUUGUGUGCCGUGCUUCUCGGCCUCAUUCCAUCCCCUUUCCGUUCUGUCCACCCGUCUCACCCCUGUUUGCACCCAUCUUUCACCACCCCAACCAACUGCCUCCUGCACUGCUCCCCCUCCAUCCCGUUUCGCCCUUCCUUCACCACCCCGACCACCCUCCCUGUCCCUGCCAGCACCUCGCAGUUGACUCACUCAGGGCCUUCCGCCCCUCCCUCUGCCCUCCCAUGCUCCUAUUGCUAGCUACCGAUGACGGAGUUGCUUCUGAGAAUUCUCAAAAUCUUCCCCACGCAACCGCCCUCCCUCUCCCUACCAGCACCACGCAGUUGACUCACUCUGCGUGGCGCAGAGUCACACAGGGCCUUCCGCCUCUCCCUCUGCCCUCCCCUGCUCCUCCUUGUGCUUCUGCUGCUGAUGUUCCUGCUGCCGCUGCUUCUGAAGCUGAUGGCAAUGCUGCUGCUGCUGCUGCUGCUGCUGCUGCUGCUGCUGCUGCUGCUGCUGCUGCUGCUGCUGCUGCUGCUGGCGUUGCUGCUGCCUUAGAUGGCAUUCCCCCUCCUGCUACUACUGCUGCUACUUCUGCUGUGAAUGGCGCUGUUGCUACCACUGGCGUCGGUGUUGGUGCUACCGCUGCUGCGACUGCUUCUGCUGAUGGUGACAGUGAUGCUGGCAGCGGCGGCGGAUGGCGCAAGAAGCACGUGGAAGCUCGCGAGGCGAUGAGAGCUGUUCUCGGCCUGCCCUCCGGCCCUUUCCCCUGGCCCUGGGCAACGGACUUCUUGCACUGCUGCCAGCACCACGGGGACCCCUUACCUCCGCACAUCACACCUCCGCUCAUCCACUCCAUCCGCUCCCUCAUCGCCCAAGACUAUGCCACUCUCUACUCCUGUCCACCCAUAGCCCGCCUUGCAAUGGGCCCUCUCCUGCGUGACCUGCACAGCUGCCUCUCACUCUGCAUCCACGCUCACUGCUCCUCCUCCUCCUCCUCCUCCUCCUCCUCCUCCUCCUCCUCCUCCUCCUCCUCCUCCUCCUCCUCCUCCUCCUCCUCCCUCCCACCACCCACCAUCACCACAUCUUCUCCCACCCCUCGCCUCUUCCUCUACUCAGCACACGACGUCACGCUCUUGCCUCUUGCUGGUACCGUCGCUCGGCAUUCCCUAUGCCUCAUGGCCGGCAUACACAUCAUCCAUCGCCAUUGA